GGGCCAGCGCCCGGGCCUUUGGGCCCGAGGCAGAGGUGUCGCGCAGUUUUCUCAGAGACUUUGGUGGUGGUGGUGGUGGCGGCGGCGGCGGCGGCGGCGGCGGCGGUGGUGACGGCGGCGGCCACUGCUCGUAAUGGUCCCGCUGUAGCCUCACGCCACCUUCUUGUAAGGCUGCGCCGAGGCAGAAAUGUCGCCGCCGCCGCCGCCUAUGUGGCGGCAGCUUAGCUUCAGCUUGUUGCUAGGCUCCUUCUGCAUCGCCCUGGAGUCCGCAGCGCAAGGCAACUCCGCUACAGAUGCUCUGAAUGUUCUUCUGAUCAUUGUGGAUGAUCUCCGCCCCUCCCUGGGCUGUUAUGGAGACAAGCUAGUGAGGUCCCCAAACAUUGACCAGCUGGCAUCCCAUAGCGUUCUCUUUCAGAAUGCCUUUGCUCAGCAAGCAGUGUGCGCACCAAGUCGAGUGUCCUUCCUCACUGGGAGGAGGCCUGACACCACCCGCCUGUAUGACUUCAAUUCCUACUGGAGGGUACAUUCUGGAAAUUUUUCCACCAUCCCCCAAUACUUCAAGGAGAAUGGCUACGUGACCAUGUCGGUUGGGAAAGUCUUUCACCCUGGUAUAUCUUCCAAUCACAGUGAUGAUUAUCCAUAUAGCUGGUCUUUUCCACCGUAUCAUCCAUCCUCAGAGAAAUAUGAAAACACUAAGACGUGUAAGGGACAAGAUGGAAAACUCCACGCCAAUCUGCUUUGUCCUGUCGAUGUGGCAGAUGUGCCUGAAGGUACCUUGCCUGACAAACAGAGCACAGAAGAAGCCAUCGGAUUGUUGGAAAAGAUGAAGACAUCAGCCAGUCCUUUCUUCCUGGCAGUUGGGUACCACAAGCCACAUAUCCCCUUCAGAUACCCCAAGGAAUUUCAGAAGUUGUAUCCCUUGGAAAACAUAACCCUGGCUCCUGAUCCCCAUGUUCCUGAUAGCCUACCACCUGUAGCCUACAACCCCUGGAUGGAUAUCAGGGAGAGGGAAGAUGUCCAAGCUUUAAACAUCAGUGUUCCCUAUGGACCAAUUCCUGAGGAUUUUCAGCGGAAAAUCCGCCAGAGCUACUUUGCUUCUGUGUCCUAUUUGGAUACUCAGGUUGGACAUGUUUUGAGCGCUUUGGAUGAUCUUCGUCUAGCCCACAACACAAUUAUUGCUUUCACAUCUGAUCAUGGAUGGGCCCUAGGUGAACAUGGAGAAUGGGCCAAAUACAGCAACUUUGAUGUCGCUACCCGUGUGCCCCUGAUGCUCUAUGUCCCUGGAAGGACGGCCCCACUUCCUGCAGCAGGCCAGAAGCUCUUUCCAUACCGGGACCCCUUUGAUCCGGCUUCGGAUUGGAUGGAUGCAGGCAGGCACACUGAGGACGUCGUAGAACUUGUAUCUCUCUUCCCCACGCUCGCUGGACUUGCAGGACUGCCAGUUCCUCCUCGGUGCCCCAUCCCUUCUUUUCAUGUUGAGCUUUGCAGAGAAGGCCAGAAUCUACAGAAGCAUUUGCAGCUCCAUGACUUGGAAGAGGAGCCAUACUCGUUUGGUAACCCCCGGGAGUUGAUUGCCUAUAGCCAGUACCCCCGGCCUGCAGAUUUCCCACAGUGGAAUUCUGACAAGCCAAGCUUAAAAGAUAUAAAGGUCAUGGGCUACUCUAUACGCACCAUAGACUAUAGGUACACUGUGUGGGUUAGCUUCGAUCCUAGUGAAUUUCUGGCUAACUUUUCUGAUAUCCAUGCCGGGGAACUCUAUUUUGUCGAUUCUGACCCACUGCAGGAUCACAAUGUAUAUAAUGACUCCCAACAUGGAGGUCUUCUCCACUCACUGAGACCUUGAGUUCUGUCAGCCUCAGUGGGCACAUAUGUGUCCCCUUCCCCCUCUACCCAUUGUAUUAGAUAUAACCUGAGUGGGAAACAAUGAAAACAUGCAUCAGCAAUCUGGCCUAGGACUAGGUGGCAGAUGGCCCUUUUUAUGUAGUCCUUCUUAAGUUAGAAUUUGCCAUUGGAUUUGGGCUAAGCUGAAACUUUCAUUUUAAAAGCUCCCAUAGCUUCGUUACUACACAGGUACAAAGUGAACUAAGGUAUAAUCUUAUCUUUAUAUCUAAAGACCAUGCUAGCCAGACAUAAUACUGUACUCAAGAAAUCAUUUGCUUGUUGAAUUUAGUGCAUUUCAGAUAGUAACCAUAUGUCUUACGUAGCCCAGAGUGUCAAGCAUGUUAACAUGGGAUUCAUUUCUUUCUCAAAUGUGAAAUUCAAGUUGCUUCUAGAAUUAUUGCUUAGUUUCUAAGACUACAGAUUUCAGAAUCAAAGGUAAAAUACCCAUGUGAUGAUCAAUGUGGUGUUUCUUCAUUAAAUAAUAAAUAAUGCUUAGUAAAGUAUAGUUAAAGUUAGGAAAUUCAGUUAACUAUUUCAAUACUCUAUGGCCCAAAUAAUAAUUUGUUAGUAAAUACUACAACUCGUGGACUCAGUGGCUAUCUGUUAAAAAUUCUGUUAUUCACAAUGAAAAGCAUUUCAAAUGGAACUAUUCCCAUGAUUUGAAUCAUUCCAGAUUGUAUUCAUAUUCCUAUUUAGAGAACUGCAGAUAUCCAUGUAUCCUGGAGGCAGGAGGUAUUCUACUUUUUGCUAAAAAAAAAAAAAAUCCCAAAACAUGUUUAUGAAAUGUAAAUUAUCUUGAGGGUUGUGGAUACUUUUUAUUAAUAGGGUGUAAGUAAUUUUCAGAAUGUAGUUCUGUGUUCGCUAAGUACGAAGGUAACUAGAAUAUGGGCAUGUAGUAAGGAUAAGGUUACUUCAUUACUGUCACCAAAGAGAAGUCCUUUCUCUAACAUGGUGAAAACUGUUCAAUUACCAGGAGUCAACAGCUUUCUAAAUAUUCUAUAUAUUUUGUUUUGUAUUUAAAUGAGUAAUUUCAAUAAAAAUGGCUCAGUGUCUCAAGGAUGUUUUUAAAACAAAAAACUAUAGUAAAUAGCUGAUUAGAUUGUUAUUGUCAUGUAUUAAAUUGUAACCAAAAAGUCAAGACACUACUUUGACGUGUGUAAAAUUUCAAAGAGAGAUUGUUGAGUUUACCAGUUGGCCUAUAGUAGAGUAGAUUUGUCUCUGGUCCUGAAACUGACUUUUGCAAAGGCUUUGCUCCCAUCUUUCCUUGUUCUUGAUCUUUACUGCUCUCUUGAUGUCUACUCAGCAUCAUUUUACAAUUUAGUUUAGAAACUCCUCACAGCAUGUUUUUUUUUUUUUUUAGCUUCAUCUCCUUCAUAGAGGGACAGAUUUUGACACAAGUGUUUAUUUGACAUCUAUUUAUUGUUCCUGUUUGACCAUAGUAUAUAUAUAUUUCUUUUUUUUAAUCUUCCAAAGUACAGUUUUAGUUUAAACCCCUCUGAAUUCUGCUUCCAGUGACAUAUGUGGCUAUUUAAAUUUAAAUUCAUUAACACAAAAUAACAGUUUAAAAAAUUUCUGUUUUAAUUCGCAUGUAGAACCUUCCCAUCCUAGCAGACUAGACGGAGAUGCCCUGGAUUUGAUCUAGAUGUGUUCACCCUUAUUGGCAGGUCCCUACUGUCCUGCAUUUGCCCACAAUGAGCAAACUAUAUUUGGUUUAGGCAUAGAGUAGGGAGUUUGCUGUGGCCAUCAGCUUCUUCCUUCCACUCUCAUCACCAUUGCCUCUGUCCUUCUUUCUUUCCUUCCCAAGAAAUUUCCUUCCCCUCCUUUUCCCUCCCCUGUUCCUUAAAGAAUCCAUGUGUCUUCCUAAAAUCCCUCUUGACCCCUGCCCUUUAAGAACACCGUCAGUGCCUACUAAGGGUCUAGAAAGACCUCCGUUGAGCAGUCAGAGUCUUCCCUGGCUCCACAAUACCCCUUCCCUUGGCUGACUUUCCUUGCCAAUCCUUACCUCCCUGGUCCUUCAAGCCUUUGUCCCCUCCUCUUUGCUCCAACCCCUUCACAGCCAUUCUUCAUAGCCUGGCUCCCCUACCCCCUUGCUUAGAAGCUGAGGCUGUCAGGACUCUCUAGAGUGUAUUAUGGGGGAAAAUGAACACAUCUUAAAAAUCUGUUAUUUGCUUCAUUUUUUAGAAGACAUUUUUCCUCAUGAGUUUGAUAUGUUAAUUAUACAAAAAUUGGAAAGCAGAAAAAUACAUUUUAAAAGGCAAGAAAAUGUCUGAGUGCUUUAUACUAAGAUUGCCAUAGUUUGUUCUUUUUGGGGUAUGAAUGUUUUAUAUUUCUUGAUCCUCUAUGUUGUUUAUAAUACAACUUCUGCUCUUACUUUCUUUCUGAACAUUAUGUAUGGUUGGUUACUAGUGAAUUUUGCAGCUAUUUUAUAUUGCUGGUAAUAUGUGUUAUUGCAUAGAUUUAUUGUAAUUUUCUCAGCCUUCUUUCAGUUGUUAGACAUUUACGUGAUUUCCAAAUUUUCAGUGUUACAAAUAAUGCUGUGAUCAAUUUUGUGAAUAUACUGUUUUUAUGUAUUUCAAAGGAUUCCCAUAGGCUAAUUUCUCAGUGCCAAGUCAUUAAAAACAGCUCCGUUUUCUCUUCACUCUUGCUAUGAUAGCAUAUUAAACUUAGAACAGAAACUCACAAGGCCUAUAUUAAAAACCAUAAUACCAAAAAGGAAAGUCUGUAGUCCUAUAAUAAAUAACAGAUGGAAGUUGUAUCCCGCUUUGAUGUCUGAGUCUUUGCUGAUAAUGACAUGGACCAUUAUGCUCUCUGUAUGAUAGGUGGGUAGUUGCAUUUCCAGUUGUGCGACUUUGUGUGGUCAUGUUAUGGAUCUUACCUUUUAAUGUAAUAAAGUAUAUUGCUCAUUUCCUGUG